CACUGUCGGUGACGUCAGAAAGACAGUAUGGCCGGACAGCAUCGGCUGUCUGCAUUGUAACGUACAGAAACGCUUUCUGGGGGUUCGACGGGAUAUUUUAAAGGAAAUAUGUCAGAUUAUUUAAGAUCCGCUCUGGGAUAUUUGAACGGAGCCACGAAUACCAAUGAAUACGUCGGACAAAUACUGGAAAUCAACAAUGUGAAAUUACGUGUGACCAGACUACUCGCCGAGGGUGGUUGGGCCUUGGUAUUUGCAGUUGAAGACAUAAAUACAGGAAAAGAGUAUGCACUUAAGAGGCUUAUAGCAGUUGAUGAAGAUGCUAACAGAAGUAUUAUGCAGGAGAUAGAGAUUUUGAAAAGACUAUCUGGCCACCCAAAUAUAAUCCAGUAUCUCUAUGCUCAACGUUUCGAACGAGAGGAUCGUCAAGGAUACGAGUAUUUAUUAGUAACGGAAUUAUGUCCUGGAGGUACAGUCGCAGAUACGCUCAGAAGUUUAUCGACGAAUUCUCUGACUCUUGCUCAGAUCUGUAAAAUAGCCUACCAGGCUACAAGGGCUGUGCACCAUAUGCACAGUCAGCAACCUGAACCACUAGUACACAGGGACAUAAAAUUAGAGAAUUUUCUAAUCGGGAGCGAUGGUCUGAUCAAGCUCUGCGAUUUUGGUAGUACUUCCAAUCAGCAAAUCUUGCCAAAUCCAUCUUGGAAUGCUCAAAAACGCGCCACCUUGGAGGAUCAGAUGGCGAAAUAUACUACACCCAUGUAUCGAGCUCCAGAGAUGAUGGAUACAUGGAACAAUGAGCCCAUUGGUCCUCCAGUUGAUUGUUGGGCGCUUGGAUGUAUAAUAUACUCUCUAAUAACACUAAGGCAUCCAUUUCCUGAAGGUAACAAGCUCGCAAUAGUUAAUGGCAAGUACACUUCACUUCCGCCUAAUCCUCGCUUAGCCUGUUUACAUGACAUAGUAAAAGGAUGUCUUGAUGUGUCUCCGAUACGAAGGCUGACUACAUCAAUGAUUUUGGAGCGGUUAGCAGCGAUAGCUGAGUCAAACAACUUUGAUCCUAGAGAACCCCCGAAAGUGGAAGUUUCAGUGAAGACUCCACCGCCUCCCAGACCUACUCAACCACCUAGCACACCCACUCCGCCACCGAGACCAUCUCCUCCAGUAAACGUACCACCUCCAAAAUCUACUCCAGCGACUCAAACUGCAGUCGCCAAGAUCCCCGUAGCUCAACCGACAGGCCUAUUUAGCUCAUUGAAAGGCGGUGCUGGCAGCAUUUUGCGAAACUUGAAGGAUACUUCGAGCAAAGUGAUGUACUCUAUGCAACAGAGCAUGGCCAGAACUGAAUUAGAUGCCAGUUACUUAACGUCGCGUAUAUUAAUUAUGCCCUAUCCAGCAGAUGGAAUAGAGUCUGCCUAUAGAGCUAACCAUGUGGAGGAUGUAAGAGCAUUUUUACAAGCUCGACAUCCUCCGCCAGCUCGUAUACAAUUGUAUAAUUUAUCUCGAGGUCGACCAAACGUGUCUAGACUUCCUGGUAGACAUAUCGACUGUUCUUUCGCCUAUGCUUCCUCAGAUUCUAAUGCCCCGCUGUUAUCAGCUCUCUAUCAAAUAUGUCAGGAUAUUUAUCGAUACCUGAACGCCGAUUUUAAUCACAUCGUAGUGUUGUAUUGCAGUGAUGGAUAUAGAGCCAGCGCCACGAUCGCGUGUACCUUACUAAUAUACGCUAGAGCAUUCUCCACACCUGAAGAAGCCAUAGCGAUGUUCAUAACAAGGCGACAGCCUCCCCAGCUGCAACCUUCGGAAUUACGUUGUAUUAACUAUAUGAGCUUGCUGAGUACCGGUGUACAGCCUCAUACAAAACCUCUAGCCCUUUGUUCCUUAGUAAUUAAGCCUGUUCCACUAUUUACUAGGGCAAAAGAUGGUUGUAGACCUUAUGUCGAUAUUUAUAGCAACGGAGCUUUAGUAUUUUCCACUAAGAGACCAGAAUACGAGGAUAUAAAGCUGUUUGGAAUGAUGAAGGGAAAGGUUCAGUUGGCACUUGGCAAUGCUACCGUUAGAGGAGAUGUUACCUUAGUUAUAUUCCACGCCAGGCAGCAGCUGGGUCGUAUGAUAGGAAUUAAAAUUGCCUCUGUUCAUUUUCAUACUGGUUAUAUACCGCUUAGUGAAUCUGCUUUAACGUUCAAGAAGAAGGAUCUCGAUGAUGCGCCUGAAAUAGGCGGGAAUUUCAGUGUUAUUUUGAAUAUUAUGAUGGCUGAGGAGAAUCCAAAGAUGGCAAGAGUUCCAGCUCCUUGGGAAGCGGAAAUAUCCUCGAAAUUGGAACCAGAUCCAUUAUUCGGAUCUACUUUGGAAAUGGAAGAAACUUUAGAGAGCUUUAGAAUCUCUAAACCAGAAGAGGUUCAGAGAGAAGUAACGACUUCGCAACCAGUCGAAGCACAAAGCAACGUUAAUGUACAACAAGAAAUACCUCAACAACCAGUAGAGGACAUAGAAGAGCAAAUAAAAGAGGAAAUCAAGUUACAAGAAGCAGAUUUAUUGAACCUAGGAAUGCCAGACACCAGUACCUUGAAUAAUACUGUGCAGUCUACAGUAAACCCGGGAUUAGAUAUUUUUUCUAACUCGUCAAAUUUAACUAGUCAAAAAGAAAGUGAUCUCUUAGGAGGCUUCGGUGAUUUUAUUCAACAAGAAACGAAAAACACCGUGCCCACUAUUACCGAUCCUGUCCAAAACGAUCUACUCUUUGGACACGAUCAGCCUACUACUAGGAAUGACAAUGCUAAUAAUAAUUUGAACAAUUUGUUCUUCAAUCAUAGACAGCCUACUACUAAGCAAAACCUAAACGAUUUAUUUGAUCCACUCGGUGGAAACACUGCGAAUCUCUUAGGAAGUAUGCAAGGUUCUAAACCGAAUAAUCCGAAGCCUCUAUCCGAGGAAAACUUCCCAAGAAAUUCGAGCGUCCCCAACUUUGCAGCUCAAAACAAGGAUCCCUUCGCGAGUCUUGCUAGCUCCCUGGGAGCUGGAUUAACGUCUAGUUGGAAUGGCACGCCGAGGAACUCUAAUACUCCACAAUCCGCUAGCCCCGCUCCAGCUAGCACACCGAUACACUCUAGCCCCAAUACGCACAGGAGCGCAACUACCGAGACCAAUACCGCCGCCGCUGCUGCUGCUGCUGCUGCUGCUGCUGCUGCUGCUGCUGCUGCUGAUAGCGGUGCAACAGGCAAUAAAACAAGCAAAUCGAGUGGAGAUGCCUUCGAGGAUCUAUUGGGCAGUCAAGGCUAUAAUUUCUUCAGUUCGAGGAAAGCAGAGAAAGACAGCCCAAAGACAAUAAAUCAAAUGAGAAAAGUAGAAGCUGCUAAGAAUAUGGAUCCAGAUAGAUUGAAGAUUGCCGAAUGGACAGAAGGAAAGAAGGGUAAUUUAAGAGCUCUUCUUUGUUCGAUGCAUACGGUUCUCUGGCCAGAAGCCGACAGAUGGCAACGGUGCGAGAUGCAUCAGUUAGUUUCUGCUGCGGACGUGAAGAAAGCUUAUAGGAAAGCUUGUUUGGCUGUGCAUCCGGAUAAGCAAGCAGGAACGGCUAACGAGAACAUUGCAAAGUUAAUUUUCAUGGAACUGAACAAUGCAUGGAGUACAUUCGAGAACGAUGCGUCGCAACAAAACUUAUUUAGUUAAUUAUUCCGAUCUGACUGUUAUAUACUUGUUAUGUCCACGAGUUAAGGUAGUUCCUAGCAGAAAGAGAGACCCGAGAAUAUUAUUAAUUAUUAUUAAUUAUUAUUAAUUGUAAGAUAUUGACUAUAUUAUUAUUAUUGGUAAGACAUGACUCUCCGUGUUACAUUCCGACUAAUGUUAUCUCAGCUGUAGCGGAAAAAGAAAAAAGAAGAAGCAAUUAAGGGAUUAUAGCGAAUGCAAAUUUUCGAAAAAGCUGCAUCUGAAUGGCUACCUAUGUACAUGCAUCUUCUUAUCAUAUGAAAAAAGCCUUGUAAGAUCACUUAAAAAAGGGGGAACUGUAUUAGACGUAACUGCGGCAUAACGUGUAUAUGUAUAUAAGGCAAAAUGUAAAUUAAGGAAGAUUCCAAAUAUAUAAAGAUAUUUUCCGGCCGA